UGACAUGUGGUUUUUGGAAUCCGGAAGUCAGGACUUAAAGUGAAAUAGCUGAUAAAAGAUUUGACUUUCAAGUUUCCACAAGUUUAUUUUGUGCUAUGCGAAUAUGUUCCCACUUUUUUAUUUUAGGAUUUAAUAGUUUCAGUUGCUAAACGGGCUCGUUCUCCAAGAUGAUGCAAGCUUUGAAAGGCGUCAGAUACCUUCAUUGCAGGACUAUCACGCAAGCAGUGUCAGAGCUCUCUGUGCCAGUCCCAUGGGGAGAGAUCAGAGGCAGAGUCUGGGGCCCUGACAAUGGUCGUCCUGUGCUGUGCCUGCACGGCUGGGCUGAUAACUGUGGCACAUUCAACACCCUCAUUCCCCUCCUUCCUAAAGAUUGCAGAUACGUGGCGGUGGACCUGGCAGGUCAUGGUCAGUCAUCUCAUCGCCAUCCUGGAGUUUUUUACGCCUUUCCUUCCUAUGUGAUGGAUGUACGCAGAGUCGUUGAAGCUCUGCGGUGGAGCAAAUUCUCCAUCAUAGGCCACAGCAUGGGUGGAAAUAUUGCUGGAAUGUUCAGUGCACUGUUUCCUGAGAUGGUGGAUGCUGUAGUUCUUCUGGACUCCUAUGGAUUCUUACCUGCAGAUUCGAAAGAGAUUCCUAAAGUGAUGAGGCAGGGGAUGGACGAGUUGCUUCAGUAUGAAAAAAAAGCAGAGGAGCACACGGGAAGAGUUUACACCUAUGAAAAGGCAGCAGAGAGGCUAUUGGCUGCAAACCCGGAUCUAUCUGAACAGUCUGUGCACAUCCUUUUAGAGCGAGGUGUAGUUCAAGUGGAAGGAGGAGUGAAGUUCUCACGAGACUUUCGCAUUAAUCUGAGAAACAUAUUCCGCAUCACUUGGGAGCAGUGUCUGGAGGUGCAGUCGAUGAUAACAGCUUCUGUUUUAGUUGUUCUAGCAGAAGAAGGCUUUGAGAAAAAAUUCGGUAAACCAGAUCAGAAGGACUUUUUAACAGCACUUCUCCAGGCCUAUAGAGACAAAAAUAACACAGUGGUGAAGGUACCGGGGGAUCACCACGUCCAUCUGAACAAUCCUGAAGCUGUGGCUCAGCUUGUGUCUGACUUCCUCCAGACAAAUGUGCUGUCUCAGUCAGACAGUUUAACCGAUGAAAAGAGCUCAAGGUUAUAGAAGAAUACAAGCAAGAAUCAACUUUGCCUUACAUUAUAACAAUACUAACUUUAACAACUUUUUAAAUCUUGUGAAUUUAUACUGAACUGUUUACACUCCUUUAAGUUCAUAACUCUCACCGAGCCAUCUUGCUGCUUCAGCAUUGGCCUAUGCUGCCUUUGUAAAAUUGUAGAAGGGGUUCUGGGUAACAUGAAGAGACUGAUAAGAGCUUCAGCCAUAUUGUGGUUGGUGUUCAAGUUUUAUCUUUUGUGCUUUGUUAAUCCAGUGAAAUCAAAUGGUUUUCACAACCAGUUACAAAUUAUUAAAUGAAUUUCCAUCAAGUACCAAUUAAUGACAAAGGUCAACUCUGGGGUUCCAUGCAGGAUAGUAUGUACUUAAACACAAAAUACACUUCUAGAGAAUCAUCAGUGGGGAAACUAAAACUUGAAGACGCUAGGCUGAUGAUGUCAUGACACUGCAGGGCAGUAGCUUAAAAAGUAAUUCACCUACUUAGAUCUGAACUAAAUAAAUGUUACAAAUAACAAUACAGAAGAGAUGUUUCACAAGUAUUCUUCUUUCUUGUUAAGACCUGACCUCAACAUAACCUUCAACGCAACUCCACCUUCAACGCUUUGGUAAGAUGUUCAGGUAUUCUAGCUGUAUUGUACUGAUAACGGCUAAUGUGGCCUCAAGUUAUUAGCCUCAUCUGGUGAUGGACAGGUUACAGAGGUCUUGUAACUCUGCACCUGCACUUUUUUUUUCAUUUUCUCUUUUGAACUUGUCUUCACAUCAGACAGAAGCUUACUCGGGUGAAAAACCUGAGGCAGUUAAUCAGAUUUUAUACUAAUGUUCAAGAUAAAAUGUUAUGGUCAGUUGUGAUCUUGUGAGUUUGUAAAUAUUCAUUAUACAAUAGAAAACAAAAAGGUCAUUGUAUGUUGUCAUUUUCAAUAAUGACUUUAAGCCCUGAUGUUUUUUAUAUUAAACUAAUAUAUUGAAAGACAGAGCUUUAGCCAUGCUAAUAGGGAGAUGAAAAAUAUAUAAAAGAACUCAAUUUUCUGUAGUGCACGAAACAGCUAAAUGAUAAAAAUGUUUAUUUUUGUUCUUCUCUUUUGUUAAUAGAGAUCUUGGGAUGAGGAUGGGAGGGUCGGUCACCAUGGAUUGAGGGAGUGGAAAGGGAUUCUGUUAAGAAGCAGCUAUACACAGAUAUAGAUAUGUCCACCUGAUUACUAAUGAUAACAAUUGAACUGUCUCAACGUCAACUCCAACAUGAAUUUCAUAAAUGCGUAUGCUGAAAAAAAAAACCAAUAAAAAAAUCAGAUCACAAAAUCUGAUAAAAAUGUUUUUUUUUAAUCCACACAAAAAUGUUGAAUAGAAUAGAUAUUUAUGGUCAUCGUACAUUGUACAAUGAAGUUGAAAUGCAACUCACUUAUCAGUGCAAAAGAUGCAUAAGAAGAGCAGUAGUAAAAUAAUAAAAACAGUAGACAAUAAUUAAAAACACAAUCAACACUGAAAUUAUUGCCAAGUCCCCAAUUUACAUUUGCAUUAUUUUGGGUUAAGUGCACUUAUGGCUUUUGGAUCAAAACUGUUCUCAGGCUGUUUGUCCUUGUUUUCAUUGUCCUGUAUCUUCUGCCGGUGACCAGCAGUUCAAACUGGUGGUGUCCUGGGUGUGAUGGUUCCCUGUGGAUGUUUCUUGCUUUUUUGAGGCCCCAUGAGCUGUAGAGUGCAUCCAAGGAGGGGAGAGGGCAGCCAAUGAUUUUCUGGGCGGUAGUGAUGACCCUCUGGAGCAUUCUCCUCUCUCCUGCUGUGCAUCUGGCAAACAAUGCACACAUAUAGUAUGUCAGCAUACUCAACAAAAACUGUCAACAAAAACUUGCACUUUUUGGAUUUUUGUACAGGGUCUGUGACUGUGCUGGUGUAUGACUGCCUACAUUCAACUGUAAAUGGAUGAUGUGUGUAACCACUGAGUGUAAAUGUAGCCUUCAUAUUUUAUUAUAUUAGAAAUAUAAAAGUGCCAGAUUUUAUUGUAUUCAUAGUUUUACAGUGUCAAAACAACCCUCUGAAUUGCUGGUUUUAGACUUUGUUGUCUGGCAUUGUCAGUUUUUCUUCAAGCUGCUGAACUCUGCUCCUGGCUUGUUCCCUACCUUCUGCCCCAGAGGUGUUUGCAGGCUGUAGUAGUUUCACCUUGUCCUGCUGUCUUUGAGGGGUGUUUGAAAUGCACUGCAUGUCUGAUGUCUUAAGAUGUCUGUUGCCUUGUGUUAAUAUUUUAUUAACUGUACACUGCCUCUUAAGUCUCCGACCUCGUGUUUCAUCUCAGCAGGUUGUGAGUAUAAAGAAAGUAAGAUGA